AUUGCAGCCAUGAGUUCCGAUAUGACCGCGUUUGGGGAGGCCGCGCAGUAUUUGCGCAAAUCUGAGAAGGAGCGGCUUGAGGCCCAGAAUCAGCCCUUCGAUGCCAAGACCUCCGUGUACGUGGCGGACAAUAAAGAUCUUUAUGUGAAGGGCGUCAUACAGAGCAAAGAUGGAAAAGGUGUCACCGUGCAAGCCGAAGGGGGAAGCGUUGUCACCGUGAAGGAAGACGAUGUGUAUCCGAGGAACCCACCGAAGUUCGAUAAGCUGGAAGACAUGGCCCUUCUCACUUAUCUCAACGAGCCGUCCGUCCUCUUCAACCUGAAGGAACGAUACGCGGCCUGGAUGAUCUACACUUAUUCCGGUCUGUUCUGUGUCACCGUGAACCCCUACAAGUGGCUUCCCGUGUACAACCCCGAAGUGGUUAACGCCUACCGCGGCAAGAAGCGCAUGGAGGCUCCGCCCCACAUCUUCUCCAUCUCCGACAAUGCCUAUCAGUUCAUGCUGACUGAUAGAGAAAAUCAGUCUAUUCUGAUCACUGGAGAAUCCGGUGCCGGGAAGACUGUGAACACAAAGCGCGUCAUCCAAUACUUCGCAACAAUUGCAGCCACUGGAGACGCCAGCAAGAAGAAGGAGAACUCCAUGAGUAAGAUGCAGGGGACUCUGGAGGAUCAAAUCAUCCAGGCGAACCCUCUGCUGGAGGCCUUCGGUAAUGCCAAGACGCUCAGGAAUGAUAAUUCAUCCCGCUUUGGAAAAUUCAUCCGAAUCCAUUUCGGAGCGACGGGAAAACUCGCCUCUGCAGAUAUUGAAACAUAUUUGCUGGAGAAGUCCAGAGUGACUUUCCAACUUCCCAACGAGCGGAGCUACCACAUCUUCUACCAGAUCCAGUCCAAUAAGAAGCCGGACAUUAUUGAAAUGUUGCUGAUUACAUCCAACCCGUAUGACUUUCAUUACACCAGCAUGGGGGAGAUUUCCGUAAAAAGUAUCGAUGACGCCGAGGAGCUCAUGGCCACCGACGAAGCCAUUGAUAUCCUUGGCUUCAAUCAGGAGGAGAAGAUGGGGAUCUACAAGCUGACAGGUGCAGGAAUGCAUUAUGGGAACAUGAAGUUUAAGCAGAAGCCCCGCGAGGAUCAGGCUGAGCCUGAAGGCACGGAAGAUGCAGAUAAAGUGUCAUAUUUGAUGGGCCUGAACUCCUCCGAUCUGGUGAAAUCUCUUUGCAAUCCGAGAGUCAAAGUUGGAAAUGAGUUUGUGACCAAAAGCCAAAAUGUGCAGCAGGUCUACAACUCCGUCGGGGCUUUGACCAGGUCAGUUUAUGAGAAACUCUUCUUAUGGAUGGUGACCCGCAUCAACCAGCAGCUGGACACGAAGCAGUCCCGCCAAUACUUCAUUGGAGUUCUGGAUAUUGCUGGAUUCGAAAUAUUUGAUUUCAACACUUUUGAACAAUUGUGUAUCAACUUCACCAAUGAGAAACUGCAACAGUUCUUCAACCACCACAUGUUUGUGCUGGAGCAAGAGGAGUACAAGAAGGAAGGCAUUGAGUGGGAGUUCAUCGACUUCGGCAUGGACUUGGCGGCCUGCAUCCAGCUCAUUGAGAAGCCGAUGGGACUCUUCUCCAUCCUGGAAGAGGAGUGUAUGUUCCCUAAGGCCUCUGAUACCACCUUUAAGAACAAGCUGUAUGACCAACAUCUGGGAAAGUCACCCAACUUCCAGAAACCAAAACCAGGAAAAGGCAAGAGUGAAGCCCACUUCUCCCUGGUGCAUUACGCCGGCACGGUGGACUACAAUGUAACCGGGUGGCUGGACAAGAAUAAAGACCCGCUUAAUGAGACCGUAAUAGGCCUGUACCAAAAGUCUUCCCUCAAGCUCCUCGCUUCGCUCUACUCCAGCUUUUCCACUACAGACGCGACUACUGGCGGUAAAUCGGGGAGUAAGAAGAAGGGCUCCUCCUUCCAGACCGUGUCGGCAGUGUUCAGGGAAAAUCUGACCAAACUGAUGACCAACUUGAAGACCACCCACCCGCACUUCGUCCGCUGCCUCAUCCCAAAUGAGACCAAGAGUCCAGGGGAGAUGGACAAUCAUCUCGUCAUCCAUCAGCUGCGCUGUAAUGGCGUCUUGGAGGGAAUCCGAAUCUGCAGAAAGGGGUUUCCCAGCCGAAUCCUUUAUGGGGACUUCAAACAACGAUAUAAGGUUCUGAACGCCAGCGCCAUCCCAGAGGGGCACUUCAUAGACAGUAAAAAGGCCUGCGAGAAGCUCCUGGGCUCCAUCGAUAUCGAUCACACGCAGUACAAGUUCGGACAUACAAAGGUCUUCUUCAAAGCCGGCCUGCUGGGUGUUCUGGAGGAGAUGCGGGAUGAACGCCUGUCCCAGCUCAUCACCCGCACACAGGCACUGUGCAGGGGUCACCUAAUGAGGGAGGAGUUUAAGAAGAUAAUGGAGAGAAGAGAUUCCAUCACGACCAUCCAAUACAAUGUCCGUUCUUUCAUGAAUGUCAAGCAUUGGCCUUGGAUGAAGCUGUUCUUUAAGAUCAAACCUCUUCUAAAGAGCGCCGAGACUGAAAAGGAGAUGCAGAACCUGAAAGAGGAGCUUGAGAAAACCAAGGAGGAACUGGCAAAGUCCGAGACCCGAAGGAAGGAGGUGGAGGAGAAACUGGUGGGCCUGACCCAGGAGAAGAACGACCUCCUACUUCAAGUCCAUUCGGAAAAUCAGAAUUUAUCAGAUGCUGAAGAAAGAUGCGAUGAACUUAUUAAGAGUAAAAUUCAGAUGGAAGCCAAAGUGAAAGAGCUUAUGGACAGGCUGGAAGAUGAGGAAGAGAUGAGCGCCGAUCUGACAGCCAGAAGAAGGAAGCUGGAAGAUGAGUCCAGUGAGCUGAAGAAGGACAUUGAUGAUCUGGAGUUGACUUUGGCCAAAGUAGAGAAAGAAAAACAUGCUACGGAAAACAAGGUGAAGAACUUGACUGAAGAGAUGGCUGCCCUGGAUGAAGCUAUUGUGAAGCUCACCAAAGAAAAGAAAGCGCUACAGGAGGCUCAUCAACAGACUCUGGAUGACCUUCAGGCUGAAGAGGACAAAGUCAACUCCCUCACCAAAAUGAAGCUCAAACUGGAGCAGCAAGUGGAUGAUCUUGAAGGGACUCUGGAGCAGGAGAAGAAGUUACGGGUUGACCUGGAAAGAAUCAAAAGGAAACUAGAGGGGGAUCUAAAGCUUAUUCAGGAGACCACAAUGGAUCUGGAGAAUGACAAAGUGAACUCAGAUGAAAGAGUUAAAAAGAAGGAUUUUGAAGUGGCUGAGCUCCAGAGAAGAAUAGAGGAUGAACAAAGUAUCAAUGCCCAACUGCAGAAAAAAAUUAAGGAGCUUCUGGCCAGCAAUGAAGAACUGCAUGAAGAGAUCGAAUCGGAGCGGGCAGCACAAGCUAAGACUGAGAAGCAGAGAGCAGAAUUGUCCAGAGAACUGGAAGAUAUCAGCGAGAGGUUGGAAGAAGCUGGUGGGGCGAGCGCUGUCCAAGUGGAAAUGAAUAAAAAGAGGGAAUCUGAAUUCCAUAAGAUGCGGCGGGACCUAGAAGAGGCCACCUUGCAGCAUGAAUCGGUUGUGGCCGCUUUGCGGAAGAAACAAGCUGAUGGGAUGGCGGAGCUGGGAGAGCAGAUUGAAAACCUACAGCGUGUCAAGCAGAAGCUAGAGAAGGAAAAGACUGAACUGAAGAUGGAGGUUGAUGAUCUGGCUGGAAACAUGGAAACUGUGGCCAAGUCUAAGGCCAACCUAGAGAAGAUGUGUCGGGUGCUGGAGGACCAACUCUCUGAGAUAAAGGCUCAGAACGAGGAGAACAUUCGACUUAUGAAUGAUCUCACAACCCAAAAAGCUCGUCUACAGAAUGAACAUGGUGAACUAACUCAUGUGGUGGAAGAGAGAGAAGCAUUGAUUUCUCAGCUCACUCGAGGCAAAAUGACCUUUACCCAGCAGAUCGAGGACUUCAAAAGACUGCUGGAGGAUGAAACAAAAGCUAAAAGUGCCCUUGCCCAUGCUCUCCAAUCCGCUCGCCAUGACUGUGAUCUUCUGCGUGAACAGUAUGAUGAGGAACAAGAGGCCAAGGGAGAGUUACAGCGCACAUUAUCAAAGGCCAACAAUGAGGUUGCAACGUGGAGAACCAAAUACGAAACUGAUGCCAUCCAGCGUACGGAGGAGCUAGAGGAAGCUAAGAAAAAACUUGCUCAGCGUCUACAGGAAGCAGAAGAACACGUUGAAGCUCUCAAUUCCAAAUGUUCAUCUCUAGAGAAGACCAAACAGAGGCUUCAGAUGGAAGUUGAUGACCUAAUGUUAGACGUGGAGAGGUCAAACGCAGCAGCAGCAGCUUUAGACAAAAAGCAAAGGAACUUUGAUAGGGUUAUAGGUGAGUGGAAGCAAAAAUGUGAAGAGUGCCAGACUGAGCUGGAGCUCUCUUUGAAGGAAUCGAGAAGUCUGAGCACGGAACUUUUCAAGCUGCGUAACGCCUAUGAGAUGGUUCUGGAUCAGCUGGAAACAGUAAAGCGAGAGAACAAGAAUCUUCAACAGGAAAUAUCAGACCUCACCGAUCAGGUUGGAGAGACAGCGAAGACCGCCAGUGAGCUGGAGAAGGCUAAGAAACAGGUGGAGCAAGAAAAAGCUGACCUGGCAUCUGCUCUGGAGGAAGCCGAGGGAAGUCUUGAACAUGAAGAAGCCAAAAUACUUCGUAUCCAGUUGGAACUGAACCAGGUGAAGUCAGAGGUUGACAGGAAAAUUGCUGAGAAGGACGAAGAGAUUGACCAGCUCAAGCGGAACACUCAGAGGACCAUUGAUGCCCUGAACAGCACACUGGAGUCUGAGGUCAGGAGUAGGAACGAUGCCCUUAGAGCUAAGAAAAAGAUGGAAGGAGACCUCAAUGAAAUGGAGCUGCAGCUGGGCCAUGCCAACCGGCAGGUGGCCGAGAGUCAGAAACAGCUGAAGAACCUGCAGGCCCAGCUCAAGGACUUGCAAAUACAACUUGAUGAUCUGGCCCGUGCGCAUGAGGACCUUAAAGAGCAUCUGGCAUUAGCUGAACGUAGGAAUAACUUGCAGCAGACGGAAAUUGAGGAGCUGCGAAAUGCUCUGGAGCAAACUGAAAGAGUUAGAAAACUGGCAGAACAAGAACUCCUGGAUGUCACAGAGCGAGUGCAGCUCCUUCACAGCCAGAACACAGGUCUGAUUAACGCCAAGAAGAAAUUGGAGGGGGAUGUCAGCCAACUCCAGGCUGAGGUGGAGGAGGCCAUCCAGGAGAUGCGGAACGCAGAAGAGAAGGCCAAGAAAGCCAUCACAGAUGCUGCCAUGAUGGCAGAGGAGCUGAAGAAGGAACAGGACACCAGCGCUCACCUGGAGAGGAUGAAGAAGAACAUGGAGCAAACAGUGAAGGACCUUCAAAAUCGACUUGAUGAAGCUGAGCAGUUGGCAUUGAAAGGUGGAAAGAAACAACUCCAGAAACUGGAGGCCAGGGUUCGCGAACUGGAAAAUGAGCUGGAGGCAGAACAGAAGCAGAGCAGCGAAAACACAAAGGCAUACAGGAAGGUGGAUCGUAAACUGAAAGAAGUGCUCUAUCAGGCAGAAGAAGACAAGAAGAACGUGGUCCGCCUGCAAGACCUACUAGAUAAGCUUCAGGCGAAGGUCAAGUCCUACAAAAGACAGUCGGAGGAAUCUGAAGAACAAACCAAUGUCCAACUUUCAAGAAUGAGAAAACUACAGCAUGACCUGGAUGAAGCGGAGGAGAGGGCCGAUAUUGCCGAAUCUCAACUCAACAAGCUCCGAACCAAGAGCCGCGACUUUGGUGGGAAGGGGAAGGAAGGACUAGGAGAUAUCUGAACGAAGAUGUGAGUCUUGCAUUUGUCAUGUGAAUCGGCCUCUUUUUAUGAUGUUUUUUAGGAACGUAGACAAUAAAGAAGUUUUGCCAGUAA